AAAAACACGAAGAUGGUUGAUACUAAGAAGAAAACCAUUACUGAAGGAGACAUCGCCACGCUUUUACAGAGAUAUGAUGCGACGACGAUACUGAGACUACUACAAGAAAUGUCCUUUUAUUCCGAUAUGAAAUGGACUGGAACGAGCUUGUUAAGAAGACAACCACUGGGAUCACCAGUGCUCGUGAGUAUCAGUAGCUAUGGCGACACCUUUCUUAUCGUGAUCCUCUUCUCCUCCCUGUGGAACAUGAUGCUAUUGAUGAUGAUAGUGACAUGGAGUGUGAAUUGGAAGCUUCCCCACAAGUCAGUUUUGAAGCAUCAGUGGAGGCUAAGGCAUAUGUGAGGGUGAUGGCUGCUUCUUAUGUGCCAAGUGGUUGUGAAAACACAACAUCUGAGGCUCCGUUAACGAUAAACAUACCUUACAGUCGUCUCCCUGAGGGGAUUCAAGAACCAACAGAGACUCCAUGUAGGAUGAAUAUCACUUUUCCUGUUCGUCUGCAGAAAGUGUCAUCUCCCGAGAUGGCUUCUGAGCAGAAGAGCAAAAGAUGGUCUGUUAGGGAGGAUGAGGAGCUGCUUGCCGCUCUGAAGCGUUGUGGUCAAGGCAACUGGACACGUAUCGCUCAAGGAGAGUUUAGUGGAAAGAGAACCGCUUCCCAACUCUCGCAGAGGUGGCUGUAUAUAAGACGAAGGUGUGGUGUUUCAACCUCUGCUAGCCAAUCUGGCCAACAAAAAACUGAGACAUUAGCAGCUAACCAUGCGUUAUCUUUGCCUCUGGGUAAUAGACCUCCUUCAAAAAUAAUGUUUAGCCAGGGAUUUCAUCUUGUACCAUCAAAGAAACGCAGGACAAUAAGGGGAGUACUUCUCAAGCUAAUUCAGCAGCUGCUGUGGCAUGUAUGGGUGGCGUAUCGCCUUUUGCAUCUGUCCCAAAGGUCGCUUCUAUUUCUGCAUCGAAGAUCGUCUCCAAUCAAAGAGUUCUUACCGCCUGUCCCAACAACUGUGUUACCACUAAAUCCAACUGUGGAGACUGUCUCUUGCUAUGGUGGACAAAGAGAGCAAGCUGGGGGAGAUGGAGCAAUCUCAUUGGUUGCUAUCAAGCCUACCUCGACAAACUCGGAGAUUGGUAGCAGGGGAAAGCAGGCUCAGUCUCCUUUGUCUAGGACAAUACCAGUAGCUGACACUGCAGUUCUCGGUUCCACUAACCAAAAUUUGGUGGAUAGAACUGCAGUACCGUCUAUCAGUGGAGCUGGUUCACAAUAUAACGUAAAGUGUGAAGCAAACAAUAAGGUUGGUUCGAUGGUCAAAGUGAGUAAUGUGUGCGGAGAAUCUGCAGAGGUUGCAACUGUGGGAGGGACCGGACAGGGUGUUUAG